AUGCUCCAAGCCAUCUCCUCACAACACGACGCCCACCACGAGCGGCGGCGCAAGAAUUCGCUCGCAAGUCUAACGGGCUCGCUGCGGGAUAACAAAGCACAUCUACUACUUGCGGCCUCCGGAUCCGUCGCCACCAUUAAACUACCCCUGAUCAUCGAGGCGCUAGCGAAGAGGCACUCGGCGCGAAAUAGCGGCAAGGAGCUCAGCAUCCGCGUGUUGCUAACGCCAGCCGCAUCGCGCUUCCUCGCGGGCCAGUCCCACGAACAGCCUCCUGUGUCAUCGCUACUUUCGAUGCCGUGCGUCGAUGGCGUCUACGUGGACGCAGAUGAGUGGCGCGAGCCUUGGAAACGCGGCGAUGCGAUUCUACAUAUCGAGCUACGACGAUGGGCUGACCUCCUCGUCAUCGCCCCCCUGAGCGCAAAUACCAUGGCCAAGAUCGUAGGCGGCUUUGCCGAUGGCAUUCUGACAAGUGUCGUGCGUGCGUGGGACGCAUGGGGCGAGCUCGACAGCGACCUGGUCUUGACUAACGGCGAACAACCUCUUCUCAACGGGAACAGAAGGAGGCGGCAGAAGAAACAUAUUAUUGUGGCGCCCGCCAUGAACACAGCCAUGUGGCGACACCCCGUUACGGCCAAAUCGCUACGCAUUCUAGAGGAGGAAUGGGGUGUCCACCGUAACAGCAGCAAAGCAGCGCAAGUACCAACCGCAGACGAGGGCCACGCGGUAGAAGAAGAAAAGGUCCAAAACGCUGAUACUGACGAUGAUGGCGGCUGGUUCGAAGUUCUACGACCGCAGCAGAAGACGCUGGCGUGUGGCGACGUUGGAGACGGCGCUAUGAUGGAAUGGAAGGACAUCGUUCCUAUCAUCGAAGACAGACUGGGCUUAAAUGAAUAA